AUGUUCAAGUAUGACAGUCCAGUAAAGAAACCUAAUUCCGGCAUCAAUGAACACCAUACAAGGGCAAGCUCUCACUGGAAAAAAUUGACAGAGAAAAAAAUCCAAGCUUUUUUGGAAAUACUCAAGAAGAAGCCUGAUACAGCCUAUGUUCGAUUCACAGAAGCAUUAAAGAGGUAUCAACCGGAUCUUCUCCAGAUUCUACAGCCUCCAGGACGACCUCAGUCUAAGAGGGGAUGUUGGGAUGGACAAGCAUCAGCGGCAUCGACAGCACCACAGGAAUUCUUGAGAAAUUUGACGGUUGCAGACCUGCAAAAACGGCUUCGGCCAGCUUUAGAACAAGAACAUCUUGAUGACAGUGUAAUUGGAAGCAUACUGGAUGCUCUAGAGAAAGCAGGGAUAGAUGGAGAGGUUUUUUUAGAAAUGACUGGAGAAGACUUCAAGGAAAAUUUUCCUGAACUUAUAUUUGGUCACAGGAAGAAACUAAUAAUUAUAAGAGACCACUUUCUGAAAGACCAAGAUCCUUAUAAGUUGCAAGAAAAUACUGAUACUGAAGUAAAGAAAAUUAAGCCAUGCCUCCAAAGAACUGAAUAUGUUCGUGAAUUUGGGCAGGAACCCACAACAUUUCACAACUAUCAAAAAGGAAAAUAUUUGAACAAGCAUGAAGAACGUGCUGGAAAUUUGAUCAAUCCAGUUCGUCAGUUUUUCCCAUGUAGCUUCAGAAUCCACUGCUGACAUUUGUGAGUACAUUGCAGACAGAGUCACAGAAUUUGCUGCAGCUUGUCUUAAUGACAGAACAAAUGGAACAAUCUACUUUGGCAUUGGAGAUACAGAUUGUACCCAUUUUGGUUAUGGAGAAGUAUUGGGAAUAGUUGUUGAUAAGAAGGAUUGUGAAGAUGCUGUUAGAUUGUCAACCACAAGAAGAUUUUGUCCUGAGCUAAGAGAAACAGCACUGCAUUGUAUUAAACCACCAAUUAUAAUCGACGUGACAGAUACCGACCAUGUCAGCGAUGACCCUCUGGUUGUCUGUGAGGUGGAUGUUGAGCCUACAAGUGACUGGGUGAAGGAUCAUGCCUUCUUUAUAAGCUCUCUUUCCUCAUCAGCAACGGUUACAUCAGAGAAUACAAGUGAACAUGAUCUUCUACUGUACCGACUCAGUGCUGGAAUUCCGACAAAGCAAGACUCAAAGCAAAUAGAACAAUUUUCUGGAGAGAAGUUGCAGCUGACCGAGGACAGACGCCGGCAGGAAAAGUCGUCCACAAGCGCUUGCCGUGAAAAUUUGAUUGAGACACUUCAAGAUUACAUGUGUGGUGGAGGAGACAAACUCGAGGGGAAUUUUUACCGAAUACUUGCCACUCCAUCCAUGAAUGUGUCUCACCCUGACUUCUCUCAAAAUUUUCAGUUUAUUUUCAACAUGGACUGGAGAUGCAUCCUCGACUUUGAUCCAGUUAGUGAUAAGGAUGGCUUGUAUAGUUAUGCUGAAAAAGAGAAAGAGCAAGUCUACAACAAGAAGACAACAAAAAAUGUUAUUCAAUCCAGUGACGAUCCCCAAGAAGAAAGGACAUGCGAACAGUUUCAAGAUCUGAUGGAAUCUCCACACAAACAGUGGAUACUUUGCAACGGCUGUGCUUCAGAUGGAGAAGAGGGGCUUCAGGUCAUUGAGUGGAAGCAAAGAAGGAGCGAGGGAUAUCGGGAGGUCGUUCGACUGUUAAAGAAAAGCAUCCCAAAAGGCCGUGGUGUCAUUCUCAUUCUUGUUACAUCCCACGAUGACGUGUUCAUCGAAGCAUCUGAAGAGCUGUUGCUAAAAUUUAAGAACCAGUGGCUCAUGAUUGCUGAAUCCAAAAGAUUUGCUGAUGCUUGGGUUGAAGGCCUUAAGAAAAGGAACAUGAAUAUAGACGAAAACAGAUGCAUCUAUAAAUUUUCGUUCUUUGAGGUAAAUAAGGCAGUCAUUCAGUUGUUGGGAUCUCCAGUACUCAGUGAUGGUCAGUGUGUAGUAGCAACCACAUCAGGAGUACAAACAGAACUGGGCAAUAAAGUAAAGCAGGAGCUUUGCGAUUUGGAUGUCGUCAGUGCUGAGCAAUGCAAGGAGGCUGAAAG